CCUGGUGACGACCACAGGUGAUCUGAUGUGUCUCGCCUGCGAGCUUUCUCGCCACUCUGCCAUCCGGUGACAUCAUCCACCCCUACCACCGUCUCCUUCUCCGUCCGCUCCGCCAUGUCUACUCAUCCCUUCGAUCGACGGGCUACCAACCUUUGUUGCGGUGCCGCCAUCGACAUUUUGAAGGCGGCCAUGACGAACGGGCGCAGCUUGUCGAGGGUGAAAAGAGGGGGAGACGCCUCGCAGAAGGAUGUUGCCCAUGCCGCGAAAAAGGGGAGACAUUCCGCGACGCAGAAGAAGGCACUAACCGCGGGUCCCGUACGUAUUGGCAAAGUGGCAAGGGACGAGUGGAUCAACGAACGGGGUAGAGGCGACGAUGACGAUGAAUCGGCGGAGGAGGAGGAUACUGCCCAUCUCGCCAAGAAAGGUGUCUUCCAAAUGGUUGUGCCUAGCCCGGGCACGAGGAUGGGGGCGACGGGUGGGAGGGCCAUGCAGCCGGGCACGAGCGAUGAAGGGCAGGGGAUGGUGGGGAUAGAUUCAAGUCCUGCGACGCCCUGCGAUCCGACGAGAACGCAGGGCGGGAGGACAGCAUGCGGAACCGCCACGGUUCACGUGGCGCCUCCUCGCAGUGGGAACGGUGCCACAGUUGCUGGGGGGGGCGCAGGGUCGAGUAGGGGUGCCGGGGCGAUGGUGGCCGCUGAGGGACGUGUGGAUGGCGACAACGACGAACCUCUUGUGAACAGGGUGAGGUGGCAGAAUCCGCAAGAUGGGCUGGAAGCAAAGGCCAGGCUAUUGGUGGACGACCUUCGCUUCUGGAACAAGACAGAGGGCCACGGUCUCUUCAAGAUCAUCCAGGAGGCGCGCCUUUUCCUUGUGGCCAUCGCGCGGGGAGUGAAGCCACCUGAGAUUCGCCACAGCAUUGUUCUUCCCGUCUCCAACGUCCCCCAGCACAAGGUCGAGGGCGAGUCGGAGUUGAGGGCUGUGAAGGAAAGGGCGACGAGAGUACAGAACAUCGCCCUGCGUGCGAUCCACGGCUGGAUCUUCAAGUUGGGGAAUCGUGCGUGGGGUUACCACUGCUCGUAUGGCUACGUGCUCAACCACGUUGCAACAGACAUCGGUCGUGCCAUGUGGUUGGGGGAAGACUGGCGUACAUGUGUCGGGCCCGCGAUUGUCCGCAACACGCUGGAGCUUGACAUGAAGCUCCCUUUGUGGUUUGUAGGCGCCGAGAUCACUGACAGGCACGAAGACGACGAGCUCGCGUCCUACCAAGAGGCGACGAUGCAGCGGAUCGUGCGGCCACCAUGGGCGGAAGCGAUCGACGGAGGGCGCCUAUUGUACGAGAGGCUGAAGAACAUCGCGGACUGUGUGAGGCUACUCCUGUUGGCUGCGAUGUGGACCAUGUGCAUGGCAGGGGACGAUCUCCGCGCACACUACGAGGCGUCCUUCAUGACUCAACUCAUUGCAAAACCGACGCUCAUCGCUUCCAUGCAUCGGUCCUUCGACGCGCGGAGGCAUGUGCUACAAUCGGUCGAUGUAGUAACGGAGAGAAUGGGGAAGUCGCCGAUGACGCUAGUGGCCCCUCCUUCAUACAUCCCUGACUGGGUGUCGUGCGGGUUGACCUUCAACUGCGACGCCGCUUUGUCAUCCCCAGAGCACGUGAAACGCAUAGACUGGUUAGGAACGGGUCCCUGGUUGGAGGACGACGACGACGACAACAACAAUGACGAAGGCGGCACUGCCAAUGGACACGACUUCACUGACGACAACGAUGAAGACGACGAUGAUAACGACGAUGAUGACGACGAUGAUGACGAUGAUUACGAUGAUGACGGCGACGAUGAUGACGACGACGACGAUGAUGACGAUGAUGAUGAUGAUGAUGAUGAUGACGUUGUUGAUGAUGAUGAUGAUGAUGAUGAUGAUGAUGAUGAUGAUGAUGAUGAUGAUGAUGAUGAUGAUGAUGAUGAUGAUGAUGACGACUACGAUGAUGACGACGACGAUGAGGACGACAAUGAUGAUGAUGAUGAUGCUGUUGGUGAUGAUGAUGAUGACGAUGAUGACGAUGAUGAUGAUGAUGAUAAUGAUGAUGAUGGUGAUGAUGAUGAUGAUGAUGAUGAUGAUCAUCAUCAUCAUCAUCAUCAUCAUCAUCAUCAUCAUCAUCAUCAUCAUUGAUUAUGAUGAUUAUGAUGAUGAUGACGAUGACGAUGAUGAUUAUGAUGGUGACGAUGAUGAUGAUGUCGACGAUGGCGGGGUGGUUGAGUUUUGUUAGACGGUGGUGUGGGAGGUGUCGGGUAUCGGGGAACCAGUCAUCUGGCUUCCCGGCGACGGUCGUUCCAGGGGUGGAUUAGCGACCAAGUGAACAGGAGGACAGACGGCAGGACUGUAGUCAGAAGCGACGAGAAACCUUGUUUUCACCACCUCACAUCAUCGUGUUCCGUAGUGGGAUGUCAGCGCUCUGCGUGCAGUAGGAAGUGCGUAAGGGACGUGUGCACAUGUAAUGUAUAUCUGAAAAAAAUUAAAUCCAAUGUUUGUGCUCUGAGACUCGUCCUUUGCUUUGACGAAUGGUCGCGAGGGGGAGAAGCGUCAAGAAUGUUCUUUGUUGGAAUGGUGAAGAAGUGCGACCUCCGUUGAUGUGGUAGAUGGUCGUGUAUAUAAUGCUUUGUAUGCAAUCGGGCAUGUGCGGCCGUCGAUAAUGUCGUCAUUCUCGUUCUUCACGCAAAUUCCAUUCG